UACAAAUGCAACGUCGUUCAUUUAAAAAACAUGAGUCAUAUUUGAUUAUUUAACGAAGGGUGUCGCAAGCUGUAGAAAGAAUGGCAAGCCGAUUUUGCUAAAAAAAAUUCGUACAUCAGCCGAUCUGCUAAAAAAUAGACAAGAGUUGUCACAAGAUUCCUCUCCUUUCUUUUAAUUUCCCCGUCGUUUUUAGCACGAAAAACUAUAAGUUGUUUUCCAAAACAAUUGAUCGACAUGAAGUGCUUGAAAUUCACUCGGAUAAAGCGUCACGGUCCUAAUUUGCAUUGCUGUCCCAUGGCGUUGGUCUCCUUGCUGAUAACAACGUCGUGUUUAUCGGUUCUUUGUGAUACUAAGGCAGCUACAGCCGGUGAUUGUCCCCCACUUCCGAAAUUGAACGUCCUCCCAGGCCGUGGAUGGUGCAAUUUAAGAAAUAAAGAGAUGGGACAAGUUCAGCGUUUCACGUACAAAGAAUGCAAAGUGACGCCAGACGGACUUUUUCUCGUACCCGAUACCGCCUUUAUUAUACCCGUCGAUGAGAGCAACAUCCAACUAUUUGCUGAAAUUAUUGAUUCGUGGAAAAAUUAUACUAGUUUGACUGCCAAAUCAAUCAACGUAAACGCGGACGCAUCAUUUGGUGCAAUUGGCGUGAGUGGAUCAUUUUCCUCCGAUUAUCAAAAAUGCAAACAAUCCCAAGUGGGUCAAAAAUCUGUCACCACGCGAGUUGCGGCACGCUACACAAUGUAUACGGUUGGAGUUUCCGUGGAUGACAUGAUCGAUGAUAAGUUGUUGUCUCAACUGGGAAAAGCAAUGGAUGCUAUGAAAAUUGGGAAUGGAGAAGAAGUGGACUACCUUCUAGAAUUAGUGGUCCGUGAAUACGGGACCCAUCUCCUAACUCGCAUCGAUACUGGAGGCAUCCUAACUCAAGAAGAAUACGUUUCUCGAGCUUACCAAGAAAAGCUUUCCGCAAAUUCAGAAAUGAUCACAGUUGCAGCAACAGCAAGGUUUUUUACAACUUUUAGGUUUGGUGCAAGUUACACAACGACAUCAAAUGAAACUUUAAAACAAGAAUAUGAACACAAUUUGAGAUCCUCACACACACAAGCAUUUGGAGGAAUGAUGUUACCUCCUGACGUGAUUGUAUCCGUGUGGGUCUCGUCCAUACCAAGUCAUCCAAUCGGCGUCGACCGAGAAGGGGAUCCACUUCACUUUAUCAUCACUCCGACAAUGUUUCCGGAUGAAAGUUUAGAAAAUGUGGACUCAUUAAGACUCGAAUUGCAAGGGGCUAUUGGCCGAUACUUUGGCUACAAUAAACAUUUAGGCUGUAUGAACGUCGAGGCGAAAAAUUUCGAUUAUAAUGCAAAUAUCGACAACAAAGAGAUGUGUCAAGACCCGUAUAACAAUUACUCUUUUGGAGGAUUAUUUCAGACCUGUCAAAAUGAAAAUGAAGGGGGUGGUCCGAAUAAUUGCCAAGAUAAGAAUUUAUCUCUUAAGAAUUUCUUUACGCAAGAUUACUCAUGUUCUAAGCUAUACGUACCGAUCCAACUCUUGACGAGAACUAACCGCGUCUGCCGAGAAUGUGGAUAUUGGUUUUUCUUUUGGUGGAGAAGUCGACAAUGCUGCUCAACAUAUAUAACGGAUACUUAUUGGUGCGCUGCGGAUGAGACCAUAAUUUCUAACAAUACUGGAUUAAUGUUUGGGGGACUUUUUACAUCGACGACGGAUAAUCCAACUACCCAGGCAAAAAAUUGUCCACCGAUGUUUACUCAAGCCAAGAUUUUUGAAGAUUUAGUCAUUUGUAUUGGAACUGAUUACGAACUGGGGUCAAGAUUUGCCACAAAAUUUGGUGGCUUCUUUAGUUGUCAGAUUGGAAACCCGUUGUACGAUAAGAAAAAUUUGGAACGUAUGAUGGCGAUGAGUACGAGCAUAGGAUUACCCGACCUGCACAAUGAAACUACAAAGGCCUGUCCUCCCGGAUAUACACAACAUACUGCUUCGAUUCAGGACGAUUGCUUGGUUAAUUAUUGCGUCAAGGCAGGGUCAUUCUCAAUCUUUGGCGAAAUGCCAGUGGUACUCCCACCUUUCAAAAAUUAUACUGGCAUUUUUAGUAAGGUCAAAGCUACUCCGAAUAAUAAUGCGUCGUCUUCAUCUGUCUGGAUUAUCGUGGUUGGCGCAGUUCUUGGUGCAAUUGUACUUUUUGGUUUGGUGGUUAUGAUUUCUUUGCGUGUUAUGAGAAGGCGAAGAAAUUUAUUGGCAGUUAAUGUUAACACUGAUGGUGAGGAUGAUGGCAGGGCUUUAUUAGGGGACUUGGGUGAUGAAGAACAAUCUGUUCAGAAUGUGGUGGAGUGAAUUUCAUGAAUAUGUAUAUUUACAUGUUUCGCGUAAUAUGAAAUUGCAAUUGUUUGGUUUUUAGUGCAUAUUUCUCAAUACAUUGAUUAUAAAAAGUUAUGCAGUUGGUUCUUUGAAAAACUAUUGAAUUAUUUGAUUUUAUGUUCUGUAAGUAUAAUACAGUGCAUAAUGUUUUCACAUCGCCUUGUUUUAACUAAUUGUAAAUCAGGUUAUUACCCAAAAACAUAAUUUUAUGACUUAUAACCAAAUUCACUUAAAACUUUCUCUGUAAACCUACUGUUUGAUCGAAGAGUUUGGGUUGUGGAAAUUGACCUUGUUUCAAGUCCAAUAUAUAAAAGAGCCAUUUAUCCUUGAUUUUCACUGGAAUCUGACUAGCACCACUGGCCCUCGACCCAGCAGCGCUUAUCUAUAUGAAUAAAUAUUUAUGAUUUAUUGUCCAGAUAA